AUGGACUUUACUAAUGUUACAUAUUUAACACUAGAGGGACAUGUGGAUUUACAGAAUUAUAGAUAUGUUUAUUUUUUAAUCACUCUCACUGUGUACAUAUCUAUCAUUGUAUUUAAUACUGUUGUCAUUUUUGUCAUAUUCAUGAACAAACGUCUCCAUGAGCCCAUGUACAUGUUCAUUGCUGCUUUGCUUUGUAAUGCUCUCUUUGGAGCGACUUCUCUUUAUCCUAAACUGCUCACUGAUUUACUGGCUGACAAACAAAUUGUGUCUUAUGAAGUGUGCUUGCUUCAGGCAUUUUGCAUGUACACAUAUGCUUCAGCAGAGUUUGCGCUGUUAUCAGCUAUGGCCUAUGACAGAUAUGUGUCCAUCUGUAAACCAUUACAAUAUGCAACUAUUGUAAAAAUGACCACUGUCAGAAAGCUCUUAUUUUUAUCAUGGUUUUUGCCAAGCUGUGAAAUUGGUAUAUCUGUUAUACUAGCAGCCCAACUUCCGCUGUGUAAAUUUAAAUUAAACAGAAUAUAUUGUGGUGGUUACUCCAUUAUUAAAUUAAGUUGUAGAGAAACAUCUGUGAACAACAUAUAUGGACUUUUUGCUUUCUGCAUUGCUGUAUUUCCACCAAUGAUCUUCAUAAUCUAUUCGUAUUUCCGAAUACUUGCUGUGUGUUUAAAGAAUUCUAAAGAUUUCAGAAGAAAAGCUCUACAGACCUGUUUACCACAUCUUCUCAUUUUCAUUAAUUUUUCUGUGAACAUUUGUUUUGAAAUUAUAAAUAACAGACUAGAAACAAAUCAAAUUCCCCACAUUAUUGCCAUGAUCCUGUCAGUUGAAUAUUUACUCAUUCCUCCUUUAUUCAAUCCCAUAAUAUAUGGAUUAAAACUGCAAGAGAUUUUGAAAAACAUCAAGAGAAUGUUUUCAUGGAAAAAGAGGACAGGGGUUUCUUUUUAA